CAAGAGAAAACUGCCGCGUUGCGUUCUGGAGCUAGCUAUGCAAAGAGACUGCCAUUCUUUCCCGGGUAACCCGUCGUGGUCCAUGUCUUCGACACAGAUACACAAUGCGCUCGCUAAGAUUACAAUCGUGUCUAGUAUACAGUAGCACUGGUCAUUGAAGCCUUCGUAAAUUCGUCAACCCGUGUCGCUCUCCCAGCAGAAUCACGGGCCUCUUGUAAAAUCGUUAGCGAUGUCGCUUGCCAGAACAUAGCGAAAGGAAAUCCCGAAAUGAAAACACAAGGAAAAUUUACCGCCAAGGUCGCCGCGUAGUGACAGCAUCCCUAAGACUGCCCCUGCGAUUCGGUGCGGAAGGUGCACCUCGAUUUGGAGCUUCCGAUGUGCCGGCUGGCUGGUUCUUGACGCUGUUGCUGCGCUUGGUGAAGAACGUACGUUUCUCCGUCGCCGUACCGGCAGCUGAGGCUGGACGCUGAGUAGCAGGCUCCGUCUUUGUUCUCACUACAGCGCUCGCCUGAUGAUUGUCCCGACUGCUUGGCGCACGAGUGGAUCCGCUCAUGAUAGAGCUUCUUGUUGACGCGCGGUCAGUGUGGCUGGUGUUCGGCCUCGCAGAGGCGGUGUUGACAUAGGCAGAUGAAGGCGUCGAGGUGAGAGUUGGCAAAGGUGGCUUGUCGCUGCCUUUGCUGCCAGAGAGCCGGCGCAGAAGACUUGGUAGCUUCCUACUCAAGGUGCUAGCAGGAGAUGGUGAAACUCGCGACCUGGGUGGAGACGCAAUUGAGGAAGAGAGUCGUGAAGCUGUGCGAGCGCCUUCCGGAGACAGGGCACGACUGGACUGGUCAUCAGCCUGCACGACUGUGCGAUUGCCAGACGACCCAGAAUGCUGCGACUGGGCAGAACGUGGACUCGUCACCGUCACAGUCUCCGCCGACGACCUGCCACCACUCCCUACCAUCUUGCUAGUACUGCCACGCAUGGAUGGGCUGGUUUCUACACGGCUGAGUCGAGGCUUCGAUGGGCUAGUGACUGGCUCCUCACUAGACCUGCGACGGCGAGAUUGCGUUGCCACGCGCUGAGUUGGAGAGCGCUCGUUCAUGUUGAACAUCAGAUCAGCUGGCGGCUGUCCAUGCUGCUGAAACCUGCUAGGCGUGCCCAAGAGAAGUGACUUGCCAUCUGGAAAGCCAUCAUAGUCCAGCCCAAAAUCCUUGACAGUGUCGCUAUCCACAUCAGGUCCCGUGUACUCUUCAUCGGAGCUGUCAAUAUCUUGCGAGCCAUCAACAUUGGUGCUGCGAUAGUGCAAGUUGCUCGCAAACGCAG